CAAAGAGACAGUCGCACCGCGCGGGGCGGGGAACGCGCGCCGCUGUCAAAUCGAAUUAUUUCCCUGAUUUGCGACUCACGUUAAUUUCUCGCUGGAAAACAUUUUUCCUGAAUUGAUUGUGUUGCUAUUUACUAAUUAACGAAAAGCCAAACGACGCGUGAACACGAGAUUUGUGCGUAAAAAUCAAAUGUCUGCGUUUCGGUCAUGUUUUCUUCCGAGUACAGACUAUUAAGUGGUGUGUUGAAAAAGUUAUUAUAUGGCGUACUCAUGUGUGAAAUUAAGUGUAUUGGUGACAUGAGGAGGAUGUUUGGAGCCUGCUCUGAUGGGUGGCUUCUCUGCGGUCAGAAUGGAUCCCCCCACGGGUCGGUGAUGUCGUGUCAGUCGCUUGCUGCGCGUGCGUUCGAGACGGAGAAGGAUUCGCGAUGUUCCACCAGCUUCCAUAGAUCAGUCCGGUUCAGUUCAGAGUCGCGGAGCACAAGGAAAUCGAAUGACACGGAGUGUAAACGUGAAACGCCGGGCACCAUGUCACUCACGGCGCUCUCCAUUACGCCGGUGACGCCCGGAUCGGCCAUGAGCCAGUCAGCACCUCAUGCGUGUGCAUUUGAUUUCGAUGAAUCGCCGGCACCGCCCCCAGCGUGCCGUUUUCCCAAGCUGGAGGAAUGCGCUCACUUCCACUACGAGAGGGUCUCCCUCGGUGGUCUCAGUGUGGAGCUGGUGCCGUGCGAGGCCGUGGAGGGAUCGCCGCAAGAGGGCUGGGUUUGCCUGAAGGUGCGUUCGCACGUGAACUCGUCGGACGACUCCACCGACAGCAAGACGCUGAGCGCGAGCUGGACGGAGGCGAGCGACGUGCGCGAGUGGACGCUCACCAGGAACAUGGAGAACUUCCUGCACCUGGACGAGAUGCUGCACAGGUGUAUAUACGACAGAAAAGUAUCCGGUCUUCCUAACUUGAAGGAAGCUAUGACUCCAGAGUUAGUUCAAGACGAAGUGGAGUAUAGGCAGCUCAUAUCGGACUAUGUGCACCACUUGUCUAUCAUAGCGGACGAUUCCAUCAAUUGCGGGCCAGCGUUAAAUUGGUUGCAGAUGGAUAAUAAGGGUCACAAAUUGCUAGUGUCAAACGAGGACUCCAGUUCGAUAAACACGCCAGCGGUUGCCGCCGCAUAUUCAGUCAGGAAAUAUGUCUCGCAGGCCCGAGACGAAAUCAGCUUUGAAGUUGGCGACAUGAUAUCCAUCAUAGACAUGCCAGGACCGCAAGAAUCCACCUGGUGGCGGGGUAAGCGCGGGUUCCGCGUCGGCUUCUUCCCGCACCACUGCGUCGCGGUCAUAGGGGAUAAGGUGCCCAGGCACAUGACGCAACCACCCCCCAUAGUUGGGUCGGUGGCGGUGGCGCCGAUCAAGCCGGUGCUCCGGAAGCACGGCAAGCUGAUAUCGCUGUUCCGGAGCUUCAUACUCUCCAGGCCGUCGCGGCGCAGCCUCAAGCAGCAGGGCAUCCUGCGGGAGCGCGUCUUCGGCUGCGACCUGGGCGAGCACCUGCUCAACUGCGGCCACGAUGUCUUUCAGGCGGUAGUCACGGAGUUUCUCAUAUGUUACGCGGAAGAGUUGUUCGCGCAGGAACAGGGCGCCGGCUGUGAUGAUAGCGACCAGGAACGCAAUGAGUGCCAAGUGGAACUGCGAGGGCUGGAGGCUGGUAGGAGACCUAAAAGUCUGCCCUUGAACCCACCAACUAAACUAUUAAGUCUAGAGGAGGCCCGUCGGCGCGGCAAAGUGUGUGUCGGCAGCGAGAUAAUGGACUACCCGCCGCCAUCCGGUGCGAUCGCGGCGGCGGCCACCACCCAACUGAAGCCCGCUGCGCACUUAAAGCCUAAAUAUAUUGAGGUCGGCUCGGGGCCUAACAACCUACCACAGUAUCACACUGUACUGGACCUACCUGUACCAGGUGCAAAACGCGCGCUCAAGAGGUCCGUGUCCGGUUGGCGCGGGCUGUUCAGCCGCAGCAAGCUGCAGCGGCCGCGCCCGCCGCCGGCCACGCCCCCGCCCGCCGAGGUAGCAGUGCACCCGCUGCGGCCGGCGAAGUCCUGCGAGUCGCUCGCGUCCGACAGCGACACGCUGGCGCCGCUCGUCGCGUCCGCGGCGCCGCUCAAGCACCACACCAGGUCGUCGUCGUGCGACUCGUACUUCGAGCCGUGGCAGGCGGAGCUGGCCGGCAUGCGCCUGCGCCUGUCGCCGCAGGAGCGCGACCGCCACAUGUUCAGCGAGGAGGACGACGCGCCGCCCGCGCUCGACGACUCGCUGUGCUCAUCGCCGGUGGAAUCGAACCCGUGCAGCGCGGAACCGAGCCCGAGGCACAACCACCGGGCCGAGGUGCAUCCAACCGACACGCUGGAGAGGAAGCGCGGCUCGCUGCAGCAGGCGGCGGCGCUGGAGCGGCUGGAGCGGCUGGAGCGGCAGCUGGGCUACAUCGACGAGGCGGCCGCCAGCCCGCCGCCCGAGAAGCGCGCCGCCUGCGCCGCCUCGCGCGCCAAGCGGGUGUGCAAGGACCGCGACAGCCCGCUGGCGUCGGCGGCCGACUUCCCCGGCGCGCUCGCCAGCGUCAAACUCAGAGACCGAAACUCGCCAAGGAAACAAAAAAACGCGGCGCGUUACAGCGGCUUGCACAACCCGGUGCUGGGCGACCCGGACAAGCCGGUCACUCGCCUCACGUGGCACGGCAAAGAUGGACACUCGACGCUCAUCAAAAUCGAUUGGCCCCCGGACAGUUCCAACGGCAACCUCACGGCCGGCACGCACACCUCCAGCAACGACACGCCGACGAACGAGAGGGAUUCGGUGUACGAGGACGUGGACUUGGAGAAGAAUCUGUCCAUCGUCGAGGACGCGACCGUCCCGCUGACCGACGCCAGUCUGCCGACGCAGCAAGCGUGCCAGCCUGAUUUCACCGAAGAUCUGAUAAUACUAGAGACGCCGACGGAAACGAAUCUCGAUGACGACGUGGAUGUGUACAGUCAAGUGAAGUUCUUUAAGAAGAGCAUAGAGGAGGUCAACGCUAUGAUACUGGAGUCGCCCGAAAGGGACGACUAUGAAAACGUCGCGUUCGAGCCGUGCCGCGACUACGCAAACGUCGACGUCGGCACGCUAGGGCUCUGCGACAGACUGGACGCGGGCGGUGCAAAGGAAAUUGAUUCCAUCGAACACGAGAACGGCAACGUCGUAAAGCCCAUUGUCGCGUCGAAGAAUCUGAACGUGCGCGAGCUGGCGAUACGCUUCGAGAGCCCCACCGAGCUGAAGGGACCUUUCACCUUCGAGAAGUUCAGAGGUGACGUCAAAUACGCAAAUAUAGAUGCGAGAGACGAUGAAAAGAGACAUGUGAAACCACCGCCACCUGUCUCGCCCAAAACGUACAAACUGUCGAAAAACUCGUGUAAUGCGCGGUCGUUGGACGAAAACGCGUUCAUAAAAGAGUUCGGCGCGGACAAGGACAGACGCAAGAGUCUCGACGUGAAAGACGCGAAGCGAACGGCCAAAUUCCUACCGGACCUGAACCUGAACACCGAGAUACCGGAACCGAAACUGGACAGCAUCACACCGACGACGGAGAACAAGAUAUCGUUGGUGCAGCGGUUCGACGUGAAACCGGACAUAAAGAGUUUGAUCGGUUUCGAUGCAGAGAAAAAGUUGAGCAGGGAGCGAAUAGAGAAAUACAAAGAGGAGAGGAGGAAUUUCCUGCGCGAGAAGUACAGCUCGCAGUCGUUCAGAAGUAACCCGGAGCAGCUGACGCGGAUCAAGUUGCGGAAAGAAGAGAAUAGAGUUGAGAACGAGAGAUUGAGCGAAGGCAAGUUCGAGAGGAGGAACACGGUUGAUCUAGGUCAAAGGAUGAGGUUUUCGCUGGCUAGGAGCGCUAACAACCUGGACACCAUACCGUCCCCACUCAGCCCGGUCAAGGAUUUCAACGGGGAGGCCAGCCGGAGCAGGGACGACAGGAAAGAAAAGUCGUCACCGUCGUACAACAUACGAGACAUGGCAGCGAUAUUCGAACAGAAGUCGCAGAGCAACAGCAACGCCGGUUGACGAUAACGUAACGGCAACGAUAACUGUAACGUAACGGAAACGGUGACGUUACCGUAGCAAUAUCGGUAUACCGGAUAUACCGGUAUCUAGUAACGGUGUAACGGUAUUGUUGUGACCGGGUAUAUAUAUAUAUAUAAAUUGAUUUAUAUUGAUUGUUCAAUACAAAAUUUUUAAAUUAACUCAAAAGAUAAGAGCCAGUUUCACAACUAUAAAUCUAUAUUGUAUGUGUCGUUUAGCUUAUCUGUCAUUUAAAAUGGCAAAUCUUGUGUGUAAAAUGUGUGUCAAAAAGUAUUAAAUAAGUCUAUCAGUGACUUUAUCAGCUAGUCGUGUGAACUGGCCCUACAACCAGGUAUAUAUAUCUUUAAUCAUAUUUUUAAAGCAACAAUUAUAUGAAACACACUAACUGGUGUAUCUAGUUACGUUCCCAUACCGUUUCGUUAUGGAAAAACCGGUAUAUCGUUAUAACCGUUACACAAAGUGAUAUUAUGUGCUUAUGACGCAGCGACGGCACUUAAGAGUUAGAUAAAAUAAAUGUAUUAGGUAUUUGCUUGGUGCGAGUAUUAUUUCGCUUGUUUCGAUUUUUACCUUCUUCAAAAAAUGAGAACGGCCUAUGUGUAUUUUGAAUUUUGGUGUGAUAAAACUAUGGCAGUAGGUCUAUUUGUUCGACUCUCCAUAGCGGAUCACCGUUUUACGUCCCACAGAGGGACAUUGAAGUCACUUUACUAAAACCCCCGUAUUCCAACUACCUUGUACCCCACAAUGGGACAAUUUUAGCGACCCAUCAACGGACAUAAAUUUUAUUGUAAAUCUAACUAAAAUACAUACACUUUAAUUACAUCCCCCCCAACCCCCACUAUGGGGCAUUGCUAGUGUCCCACAACGGGUCACAAACUUCUCGAAUGUUCCAAACGAUAUAAUACUCGAAACAAUACUUUUUAUAAUUCGUUUGCGAGUUGACAUUGUUGUUUAUUUAUUUGUUUAUUGUAUUAAUUUAGUGAUAAAUAAAUUAAUAAUGUAUAAAAAUUGUUCGCACUGAUGUAUUUAUUUAAUCCUGGCUUUUUGUGUGAAGCCUUCUUGUUUAAUUGAAUGUUUUAAAUUUUUUUAUAUAAUGCGCCUAUCACUUCAUAGUAUAAAACAAAGUAGUUUUUUUUUGUAAUCCUAAAAACUUCAAAGUAAGGAAAGAAUAGAAAGGUACAGUACA